ACCAGCACCAGCACCAUGAGACGGCGAGCUGGCCUAGGGGGCAACAUGAGGUCAGUCGUGGGCUUCUUGUCCCAGAGGGGCUUGCAGGGAGACCCUCUGCUCACCCAGGACUUUCAGCGGAGGCGCCUGCGAGGCUGUAGAAACCUCUACAAGAAGGAUCUGCUGGGGCACUUCGGUUGUGUCAAUGCCAUUGAAUUCUCCAACAAUGGAGGCCAAUGGCUGGUCUCAGGUGGAGAUGACCGUCGAGUUCUGCUCUGGCAUAUGGAACAAGCAAUCCACUCCAGGGUCAAGCCUGUUCAACUGAAAGGAGAACAUCACUCUAAUAUCUUCUGCCUGGCUUUUAAUAGUGGUAACACCAGAGUCUUUUCUGGAGGUAAUGAUGAGCAGGUUUUGCUUCAUGAUAUCCCAAGUGGUGAAACUGUGGAUGUGUUUGCCCAUGAAGAUGCAGUCUAUGGACUGUCCGUCAGUCCAGUUGAUGAUAAUGUUUUUGCAAGCUCAUCUGAUGAUGGUCGAGUUCUCAUUUGGGAUAUCAGAGAGUCUUCUCAGGGAGAGCCCUUUUGCUUGGCAAAUUAUCCUUCUGCCUUUCAUAGUGUGAUGUUCAAUCCAGUGGAGCCCAGAUUACUGGCCACUGCCAACUCAAAAGAAGGUGUUGGGCUAUGGGAUAUUCGAAAACCUCAAAGUUCCUUGCUCCGAUAUGGUGGGAAUCUGUCACUUCAGAGUGCCAUGAGUGUGAGAUUUAACAGCAAUGGAACGCAGCUGCUUGCUCUCAGGCGUCGGUUGCCACCAGUCCUUUAUGACAUCCAUUCCCGGCUGCCUGUCUUCCAGUUUGACAACCAGGGUUAUUUUAACUCUUGUACCAUGAAAAGCUGCUGUUUUGCAGGAGAUCGUGAUCAGUACAUCCUCUCGGGAUCUGAUGACUUCAAUUUAUACAUGUGGAGAAUUCCUCCAGAUCCUGAAGCUGGUGGAAUUGGCAGAGUGGUUAAUGGGGCCUUUAUGGUGCUGAAAGGCCACCGUUCAAUUGUCAACCAAGUCCGAUUUAACCCUCACACUUACAUGAUCUGCUCUUCUGGUGUGGAAAAAAUUAUAAAGAUUUGGAGUCCUUAUCGACAACCUGGUUGUACGGGGGAUCUUGAUGGUAAAAUUGAAGAUGACUCACGUUGUCUCUAUACACACGAGGAGUACAUUAAUCUUGUAUUGAACAGUGGCAGUGGCCUGUCACAUGAUUAUGCCAAUCAGUCAGUACAAGAGGACCCACGCAUGAUGGCCUUCUUUGAUUCCUUGGUCCGCCGAGAAAUUGAGGGGUGGAGUUCUGACUCUGACAGUGACCUCAGUGAAAGUACUAUCCUGCAGCUUCAUGCUGGAGUAAGUGAACGCUCUGGCUAUAGUGAAUCUGAGUCCUCUACUUCUCUACGUCACUCCCCACCUCAUAUGACCGAAGAAUCUGAUGAACCUGCCUAUAACUUAGGAACUUUGAGAUCCACGGAAUCUCCAUCACCCAGAGAAACUGCAGUGUCUCGUCAGCAACGGUUAUCUGCACUUAGGAGAUACCAGGACAAACGCCUGCUAGCCCUUUCCAAUGAGUCUGAUUCUGAUGAAAACACCUGUGAGACUGAGCUGGAUGCUGAUCUUUUCCCAAGACCAAGGUCGCCUAGUCCUGAAGAGAAUGAUUCAAGCAGCUCCAGCAGUAGCAGCAGCACAGAAGAUGACGAGGAACUGAAUGAGAGACGUGCCUUGACCAGGCAGCGCAAUGCUCAGAGACGUAGACAAAGACAAAAGCCACAAAAGGAAGAAAGGACUAAUGCAAAUGCAGGAAACACAAGUACUUAUAUAGGUGAAGACCUUUAUGAUUAUCCCCAAAUCAAAGUGGAUGAUCUCUCUGCCUCUCCAGCUUCAUCACCUGAAAGAAGUGCUGGAAACACCGAAGUCCGUAAAGAGAAGAUUUUUCCUUGCUCGGAGAGUGAAUCAGUAGAUAGGAAGAUCUAUAAAGCUUUUCGUUGGCUUCAUUAUUCUUACAUGUCCUACGCAGCUAAUAAAGAUGGUGAAUCUUCAUGUGGAGGUGGAGAAAGUGAAGGAAGACCAGGAACUAGUAGAAAAGCUCUUAGCAGUCAAGAUUCUGCUGCUGUUGAAAGUUGCAACAAAGACAUUUUCAAGGAUUGUAACCCAGCAGAAAGUUCUAUAAAUGUUCAAGAACAUGAAUGUGAUAAGCAACGACCGAUGGAAAACCAGGAAACCCUAGCCCAAGAUUCUGGGAGUAGUGGACCUAUAGAGCAUUCUUUUGAAGCUAAGAAGCUCAACGGAAAAGCCAUUUGUAAAGCAAGAGUUAAUUGCAUUGAGGAGUCAUGCAAUCAACCUGCAGGAUUUGUGGAACAGAAAAAUAACCAGAAUUGUCAAACAACAUCCAGCCACAACUCACUGGCUGUUUCUAAGGAUUCGUUUUCUACUCCUGCCAAUGGUAAUGCAUCUGGAAAUUUAUCUAGAAACCAAACAGAUGACAAUGAGGAUAGGAACACUGACAAUUCCUGUACAAACUACAAUAAUGGCCAUAUACACUCUCAUUCUCCUUACCUUAAUAAUGGACAGAAUUUUGGAGAGCAGGAGGUUCUGGGUCAAGGAAGACAAUUACACUUAAAUGUCGAUAAAGGCGGCAGCUUUGUGCAGACAUGCACAUCCUUGCACAAGGAGUGCUGCCUAUCCGCAACAGACUCUUCCAGUCACAGCAUGAGCAUGAAAGAGGAGGUUGCUGAAUUGCAUCCCGCAGACAGUGAUGGCUCACAAAACCACGGACGACAGAAAAGGCACAGAGCAGAGUUUGAAGACACAGAUUCUGAGAGGUCUUCCUCAGAAAAGAAGUUGAAAACACACACAGUCUGGUUCUGAAAUGCUGCAUUUCCAACUCUUCAUUCCAUUCUUCAGUGGGUCUGUUUUAAAUUGACAGGGGCUACGUUGUAUAAAAAUCUAAUCAACUUCUUUAAAAUAAGACUGAGUAUAGUGUACCCUUACAAGGUUUUGCUCAAGUAAACACUGAUUCAGACAGUU